AUGGAGGGCAUUCGCUUGGUUGCACGUCUCGGAACAGUUUCCAUGAGGGGCCAAGUUAGAUUAGUGAUUGAUAAUUAUCAACAUCCAAAACAAUUCAAGAAACUGACGAGUGAACUCCACGAGCACAUUAAAAAGGACAAACAGAAAAUUACAAGGACCAACAUUAACGAAACCUCAGGUCCAAUGACAGAUCGUAAGAAAGCAGACGCAGCAGAAGAUAAGCGUAAUUACACUCGUCCGAAGUCCUUUAUAUACGAUUUAUGUAUUCUUGGUCCUAUUGAUGUCGUAGGAGACAUUGAAGUUCUCAUGGACUUAGACAAGUUCUUUUAUACUGCGACAUGUGCCGAAAACUGCGAACUUUUACAUUUAGAAUAUGGAGCUUUUGACUCCUUCUUUAACAGACGUCAUCGUGAUAGCCGACAGCGCUUGUGUGACCGCACUAAGUUAAAGAUUGAACAGCAAUUGCGCCGUAUGCCACCCGGCGCCGUUCCACUAAUGACGAGUGUAAGACUGCGUCUCGAGAAAACCAAGUCACAACUUAUGCAGGCCAAGAGAAGACUCAAAGGCAAAGAUUUGGUACCUGUCAGGAAAAUUGUCGAUUUACCUCGGGGUCCAAUCAUUAAUAAUUAUGGGCCGGGAGGACUUUUCUACAUCAUAGCUUUACAGAACAGACAUGUUUGGGAGGCAGCAGCCGAAAGGGAAAUGGCUCAAAGACACGAAGCAUCUUACAAACAGGUAUCACUUCAGGAAAUCGACUAA